CGAGUUGUCGGCCUAAUGCCACCGUCAACCGCAGUUAUGAGAAGCCAGCAGCCAACGCCACAUCAACAGCCAUCUCGUGUUGUAAUGUUAGUCGGCAGUGAGCGUCAACAGGAUCACGCAGCCAGUUUUAAGUGUUGUGUGUGCGAUGGGGCACCCUCGAUUAGUGACUGUCAAACUUUCAAUGAGUCAAUGAGUGCUCGUGAUCGUUGGGAAAAGGUGAAAUCCCUGCAGCUUUGUUUCUCGUGUCUGCGUAAAGGACACAACACGUCUAACUGCCGUUCAAAAAAGUUGUGUGACGUUAACGCCUGCCGCCGCUAUCAUCAUCGAAGUUUACAUGAAGCCUCGACUUCAACUUCUGCGCCGCCCACAGCUCAAAGUCGAGCUGCAACUCAGCCUGUACUUAAUUGCAGAGUAGCCAAACAUCGAAAUAGCCAGUUUUUUAAAUAUGUGCCAGUAUCGCUAUUCGGACCGAAUGGUAAAGAAGAAGUUUAUGCCAUGGUUGAUGAAGGAUCAGCUAUAUCACUACUAGAAGAUAGCGUAGCCACAAGAUUGGGUCUCAAAGGACGUAAGCAACCCCUGACUUUACAAUGGUAUGGACAAAGGUGUACGACUGAAGAGUCGUCAAAAGUGAGUGUUGAAAUACAGGGCAAAGUACAACAGCGACGUAUACGCUACGAAAUAUUUGCACCAUUCGUAACCUCGAUUUACCAGAACAGUCCUUCCGUAAAGCAGAUUAUAGCCAUUUGAAGAUUUUGCCCUUAGAAGAUUAUCAUCAAGUCAAACCAUCGUUGCUGUUCGGUUUAGACAAUACGUAUUUAAGUGUGCCGUCUACAACAGAACAAGUUGGCAGCGGAAACCCAGUAGCUAUUAAUACAAAGCUGGGUUGGAUAGCCUACGGUUCAACCCGAUCGCCAACAACAGCGCCUGUGGUACUACAUAUUCGAGGAAAGAACAACUUGGAAUCGCUACACGAACUGGUUGCAGAAUAUUUCGCCGCUGAUAACUUUGGUGUCAACAAUGAGUUAACCAAGCAACUAGAGUCAGAACACAACCAACACGCUCGUCAGAGGCUGAAAGCCAACACACGCCGCAUCGGUAAGCCGCGGUUUGCUGUGGAAAAGUGUUCCACCAGCACUUCCGAACAGCUAUGCUAUGGCUUACAAACGACUGUUGGGUAUUGAGAAGAGAAUGCGAAUUGAUGAAGGUUUUUCCGCCAGGUAUAGAGAAGAAAUUGCUAUGUAUAUACGAAAUGGUUACGCUAGACAACUUUCUGAGGACGAAGUAGGUAUGCAGUCAUGUUUCAAUUGGUAUUUGCCUCAUUUUGCAGUCCAGAGCCCCCACAAACCUGGAAAGAUGAGGAUCGUGUUUGAUGCAGCUAUGAAGGUCAAUGGAGUAUCUCUCAAUUGUGUACUAAAGGGUGCAGAACAAGCCAAGCCGUUACUAGAUAUACUAUUCAGGUUUCGCGAAGGAGUAGUAGCUGUGGCUGCCGACAUUCGCGAGAUGUUUUCCCAGGUGGUAGUAAAACAGCCAAAUCAAUAUGCUCAGCGAUUUUUAUGGCGUGAUGGCGACUCCCAUCAGCCAGUCCAGCACUACGUUAUGAUGUCAAUGGUUUUUGGUGCGGUUUGCUCUCCCUGUAUUGCAGAGUAUGUCAAGAACAAAAACCCCGAGGACUUCCGCUCACAAUAUCCCGACGCAGCUGCAGCAAUUAUUUACAGCCAUUAUGUAGACGAUUUCGUAGCCAGAUUUCAGAGCAAAGAAGAGGCAGAGCACGUUUGCAAGGAAGCUAAAUUCGUCCACGCCGAAGGAGGGUUUCAGCUUCGAUCAUUCGUAUCCAAUAUCAAAGAACUUGAAAACAGCUUGAAUACCGACACCGAAGCCGUAUCCCAACACGUAAAUUUAGAACGCCAAAGUAGUUGCGAAAAGGUGUUGGGAAUGUACUGGAAUACCCCGACCGAUUCGUUUGAGUUCAGGUUCAAAUUCCAUCGUAUUCCAAAGCCAGUACUAGAAUGUGUACGCGUACCUACGAAACGCGAACUUUUGAGCAUCAUAAUGUCACACCCCUAUUGCGUGUGUCGACUGGUAGUAGAUAAACGACUUAUUCGAUUAUCGCUUUUCCACGGUAUUGUGAAUGUCGGUUUCUCGUUCAAUAACCGACUGAAUAGUUUUUAUCGCUCAUUUUUCUACAACUGUUUGUUUGCAGAUGGAAGAGCGACUAUAAACUAUUCACACGUACUUUUUGAACGAGAAAACGACUUUGGAAAUACCACGGACAAUCGAUUAUCGACUAACAGUCGAUUAUCUACUACUGGUCUACACUCGCAAUAGGGGUGUCAGUUUUUGAUCCGUUCGGUAUUCUCGCCGUUCAAGAGAGAGCAAGUUUAAGCCAUACGUUAGUCAUCGCAUAAUAGAAAUUUUGUCAUCGUCGAAUCCUUCUCAAUCGCGCUGGGUACCUACAGAUAAAAACACGACCAAUAUCGCUACUCGUCCAAAAUGGCCACCUAAAGCCGAGAAAUACAGUCCAUGGUUAAGAGGUCCGGAUUUCCUGCGGGAUCCAGUCGAGCACUGGCCACCUACGCUUUGCAGCCCCAUGCCAGUUCAGCUUGAGAAGGAAGUGCAGCCGUGUCUUGUCGCACAUGCGGAGGUAAAAAAUUCAUUAUUACAGUUUAAUCGCUUUUCUUCUUUCUUCAAUUUGAGACGGGUAAUGGCAUUGGUUUAUCAAGCCGUACAUAGACAAUGAAGGUGUUAUGAGGUUGCGUGGGCGCAUAGACGAGGCCACAUGUCUGCCGAAAGAUGCUAGAAUACCGAUUUUGAUGCCGGCGAAACACAUCGUCUCACAGAUUAUUAUGCGCCAGUACCACGAACAGUAUCACCACCAGAACGUUGCAGUAAUUUUAAGUGAGGUUCGUCAGAAAUACUGGUUUCCACGCGCCAAAUCACUAUUGAAAGUCGUACAACGAAGUUGUGCCCAAUGCCGAAUUGACAGAGCCACACCUAAACCACCAUUAAUGGGUCAGUUGCCGGAAGACCGAAUUACACCAUACGUCAGGCCCUUCGUGUAUACAGGGGUGGAUCUAUUCGGCCCGUUUAACGUGGGGAUAGGGCGCGGGAGAGAGAAGCGAUGGGCAGUCAUAUUCACGUACCUCACCAUAAGGGCGGCUCAUCUAGAUCUUGCGCACGACUUGUCAACAGAUGCUUUCCUAAUAUGCUUACGCAAUUUUGUAAAUCGCCGUGGAACUCCGGUACGUAUCCGAAGCGAUAAUGGAUAAUGGUAUGGGAGCUGAAAGCGUCAGAACGUAUUUUAGAUUCGGAACGUAUUUUGAAUGAUGUAUCCAAGCGCGGUAUAGACUGGAAGUUCAAUUGUCCUUCUAAUCCAAGUUCUGGAGGCUGUUGGGAGCGACUAAUUCGCACAGUGAAACGACUUUUUACCAAAAUCAUCACUUGAAGAAGUGCCAAGGGAAGAUACGCUAGGUAGCGUGCUUAUAGAGAUUGAAAACAUUUUGAAUUCGAGACCGCUAACAGAAGUACCACUGUCAUCGGAGAAAGACGAUCCGAUAACCCCGAAUCAUUUCCUGUGGGGUGCUCAAAUUCGACGCAAACGCCGCAACCAGUAGAUGGAAAAUUAUGCCUAAGAAAACAAUGGCGCAUAGCCCAAAGCCUAAAAGACAGAUUUUGGAAUGAGUGGAUACCGCAUUAUUUACCGCAGUUGCUUUGCGUCAAAAAUGGCAGGAAGAAGUUGAGCCCCUAAAAGUGAAUAACUUGUCAAUAUGCGACACCAUGCAGCCACGUAGCCAGUGGCAAAAAGGUUGAGUUACCAGAGUAUUCCCAGCCAUAGAUGGUCAGAUUCGUUUCGCUGAAGUUAAAACUGCUGGAGGGGUACUACGUCGCCCAGCUUCGAAGAUUGCAGUCCUCCAUUUGGCUGGUGAAUCCCUGGGUGAUUCACGGCGGGGGGGGGGGUAGAGGCACCCUGUGCCUUAUGUUUCAUUUCUACUUUUACCAUUUCUACAUUGUGAUUGGCUCAGAAUUAUAUUAGUACCGAGUUCUUGCAUUUACUAAUACAUGCAUACAUAACAUACGUAAUUUACCAAUUCGCUAUUAUCUGCAUGUACAUGUUUACCAAUGAUCAGAGGCAAAUUAAUCGUCACCGAGAGCAGCAGCCGACAAUCACCAGCAAAAUACAAAUUUGGAAACGUUAGCGUUUUAGCUAGCAAUAUUUGGAAAUCCUCGCAUUUAUUUUAUGUUGUUUUGACUAAAGUUAUCAAAUAAUAAAUA